AGUCAUAGCGGAAUGAGUCGGAAUAAGAAGAACUACUUAGUAGAAACUGAUAGCUAUGAUGAAAAAUGAGUUGGAAAUGAGACAAAGUCGCAAUACCUAAACACCAUGAAGCCAGAACAGCCUUCCAUCAAGAUCAAUAUAGUCGAGUCCUCUAACACUCGGAGUGAGAUAGGCAAAUUCAAAAAUGCUCACAAAAUACGAGAUAGCGAUAGUAUGAACAAAUCUAACUCCUUCUUAAAACCGGAGUGCAGUGGAUCGAUUUCUUCUAAGCUUAAGAAAGAUAAUGUUGUUAUCAUAACUUCUAAAUUGGCUUCGAAAAAUUCAACAGCGAUUCAAAUAGAUUUUAAAGACAAUGAUUCAGCCAACCAAGACUUGAAAGGUGCUGGAGAAUCUGAUAGCCUCUCAUCUCAAAGAUGAAAAUAAGAACGGUCACGACGAAUCAAGCUUGCAGAUAAACUUAUUAGACCAAGUAAAAGAUAUUUCUCAUGGUGCUGAAAGAUUCUCAACUGUAUCAGAUUCAAACUCUAACAGUCUCAUUAAUCUGGUUGCAAAGCACAAAACGAAACCUUCAAAAGUCAAGAAAAUGAAAUUUUACAAAUUUGGCAAGGAAAUGCCCUUAUCUCUUAAUGAAAUUAAGAACAUCACUAAGAGUGGAAACAGUAUUCCUCAUGAGCAACUACUGAAGUUAAGAGUUGGUUCAAAAAUCCCCUUCAGAGAUAUUCUAAGGCUGAAAUACCUUUACAAAGAUAUUCAGAAAAUUAAGCAGAGAAAUAAAAGUGAAAAUGAGGUGAAACACAAGAGAGUUUUUGCUGCUUAUAUUCCAAAAAGACUAGAAUCUUCUAAUUGUACAAGCGAUAAAGACUAUGAGCCCAAAAAGAUAACUCUUAUUGAAGACAUCAUGAUUAAGGAUAAGAAUUAUGAUAGUCAGAAGUUGAUAGCCAAGAUUGAGUCUCCAAAACCCCGCAAAAAGGUAGCUUUAUCUGGCUCUAAAACAGAGAGGCUUCAACCAAGAGCAACAAAUAGUGGAUUUCCACAGAGAAACUCUAUAGGGGCUCUCAAGAUGUUUACUGCAAGGAAGGUUAGGAAUACUUUCAAUUGAAGCUCCAGAGCAAGAAAUGACCCAAAAUGGAAAUAAAUUUCUUGAAAAAGUCUGUGUAGAUCAUCAUAAUAAAUUGUCAGUUAUGAACUUUUUACAGAAUACGAAGACACAGCCAUUUAAAAAUGAACUUCUAAAUCCAGCAUUAUCCAAAAAGAGACUUCAAACCUCGAACACAAAGUAUCAUAAUGGCAGGCGAAAUUUGAAAAUUAAACCUCCAAAAGCCAAUGAUAAGUGAAAGUUUACUAUUGAUUAUUUUGGCACAAUUUUAUCCAAAGAGCCUAAAUUGAAUAUCCCAACCAAAGGCUCAAGUUCAAAAAAGGAAUCUCUUAGUUAUCCUAUGAGUCUGCUUCAACAAAGAUCCAGCUCUACAGCACAAGUCACCAGGAGAUAAAUUUUCAUUAAAUCUGAAUCGAUUUCAA